AUGGCUCAUAAUCCUGCUUUUCAAGACGAAUUUUACACGUGUUGUUAUGAUGAACAAGAAUCACAGUUAAUGGUUUUGAAAGAUAAGCAAGCCUUGUGUGAAGGUUUAAAGUAUAUUCUGUCUGUACCUGAUCUAUGCGAUGUUACUUUCCUUGUUGGUCCGGAGCAAUAUCCAAUCCACGGACUGAGAGCAAUACUAGCAUCCAGAAGCAGACUGUUUUACUUGAUGAUCCUUGCUAAAGAAAAGGAAAUAAAAAUACAAGCUUCACAGAAGAAAAUAGGAUUUUUGAAGAAACUUAAAGAAAUUCGCAAACUGCUAACCUCUAAACCGUCAUACCAAACUUCGGAAUCAUCCAUUUCAAGAAAGUUGACUAUUGUUCUAGAAGAAUUUGAACCCAGUGUAUUUGAGAGACUGGUACGUUAUAUUCACUGUGGCAUGGUAUCAGUCGACGUGUUUUCUGUAGUUGGACUGUUGAAUGCUGCCGAAAAGUUCGAGUUGGAAUGCCUGAAGAAUGCAUGCUGGGAAUUUGCUGUCAGUUGUAUCCGUCCUGAUCUUGUUCAUGAUCUUAUUGCCUCAGCGAAUGAGUACUCCAAAUGUAAAUUGACAAAUGAUCUUUUCAAAGAGGUAAACUAG